AGCUUAUAUCCGCAUUUGUUGAGAGGUGGCACCCUGAGACAUCGUCAUUUCACAUGCCGUUCGGCGAGAUGACUAUUACUUUGGACGAUGUGGCAUGUCUUCUGCAUCUACCUGUUAGGGGUCAGUUUUAUACUCCUGUAUCAGUUUCUCAAGAACAAGCUGCGGAACUUGCAGUUGAGUUGUUAGGAGAGGAGUAUGAAUUUGCAUUGCGAGAGACUGUAGCGCAGAGGGGUGGUUAUUUUUCACAGCAGUGGCUAUAUGAGAGUUAUAAUAGGAAUGCCAAUUUCUACGGGAAAUAUGACUGCGCAGCUAGGGCAUGGAUGUUGAUGUUGGUGGGAUCUACCAUUCUGGCCGAUAAGAGUUAUACACGUGUGGAUGCCAAAUGGCUACUUCUGUUUAGUGAUUUGUCUGCAGUCCAUACAUAUUCGUGGGCCAGUAUUGCAUUAGUUUGUUUAUACGAUAACUUGAACGAUGCAUCCAUGUUUUCUACGAGGGCCCUUGCAGGGUAUGCGACACUUCUUCAGUGUUGGAUCCACGAGUAUUUUCCUACCCUUGGUAGGCGGGCUCAGUCGGAUCUUAAUUGUGAUAAUCCUGGAUUUCCUCGAGCUAUGCGGUGGAUGUAUAAGCAAGGGAAGACCAAGCUCCCCGAUUAUCGGCCUAUAUUGGAUGCACUGACCCCUGAUGACGUGAUAUGGCGUCCGUUUGAGACUCACAGAGGUAGCAUUCCUUUUGAUCUGAUUACUCUGUAUAGUGGUCAUCUGCGUGGAUCCACGGUAGUUCCUUACUUGCCCGAGAGGUGUAUUAGGCAAUUUGGAUUUGUACAGUAUAUACCACCACCACCACCUCUAGCUCCUGCCUACUCUGAUAUUGAUAGCGACUAGAUUGGU